UGACACAAGUACUUUGCCAAGAUAAGGCCACACUGCUCGCGCACAAACCGUACAAACUGCACAAUUUCUUUCAUUUUCGCCUUUAUCCGGACCAGGGAAACGUGACUGGGGGGUUUGACCAAAUGGAAACAGCCUAUUGCCCAGAUGGACGUGUUUGUUGCGCUUCAAGAUGAGCAGCACCUAGUGGCUCCCUUGGUCCUAGCCGGUUCCGAGUUAAAGAAGCUGCCGGCAGAGUCGGGGAAUUUACAGGAUGAACAGCCGGAGAUCCUUGACAACUGUGCCAGCGACAAUGCGCACCAGGAUUCGCUGUCCCAGUUGGCCUGCAGCCUGCACAGGCUGUCAAAGGAUGAUCACAUAGUCAUCGAUCGGAAACGCAACGAAGUUAUCCGCACGGACGCAGUGACUCAGCAGAUGACAAUCUACCGCUGCCUGGAUCCCGUGGGCAUGGGCAUGCGCUCAGCGGCGGUUAAGCGGCAGCAAAACCCGCCUCCCAAGGUAGGAAGACCCCUGAAAAGAGCCGGCGCUUCAGCGGCCUCCACAGCUCCUCUGGCGAAGAAGCCGCCGCUGCCAGUGGAGGACAAGCCUGCUCCCGACAUACAUCGCACUCGGUCAGGUCGCCAGGUAAGGGGUUCCAUGCCACAGCCCGCUCCCGUCACCAAUGGGCAGGCGGUGGAGCCAACUUCCGCCCAACUGCUGGAGAUGCUAGUGGCCGAUCUGAGGGACAAGGACUACCGGGCACCAAUGCCAGCUCCCAAGAAUAACGCUGGACAGGAAGCUGCUACUGCGUCCACGCCACGAAAUGUGCCCAAGAAUGCCAUCUGCCCGGGCUGCGGUAAGAUUUUCUUGGGCCGACGCAUGCAGCGUCACUUUGUCAAGUUCCCGGAGCACAUGCACUCGCCGCCACCUACCACCUCCACGCCCUCGCUCUUUGGCCUCCUGACCGCCCAGCUUCAGAGGCACUCGGACCUCAGCGAGGAGCAGCGUGCCGAUCUCUUUCUGAGCGAACUGAACGACUUUGUGGAGCAGCUGCAGCUGCGCAGCCAACGGCUCAUCCGGAAUACGUCGGGCCUGCACUUUGUGAAUGCCAGAAUAGCGCGCGUCCUCGGCAUACCCGAGGGUCAGUAUGCCUUGGAUAUGUCCGCCAUGGAAUCGCCGCAGGCACCCACACCGGAACCGGAGGGAACCGCUUUGGCUGCUGGCAGUGGCCGUGCUCGUAACCUGGUGGACUAUGCCGGUCUGAGCAUGUCGCUGGACGAUACGCUGACCGAUGAGGCUGCGCAGCGUCUGAAUUUGUCGGCGGGCGGCAAGCUUCUGCCGCCAUCGGAGGAGAGCCUUCUGCGGAAUGUCAGCGAUCUCAUGCAGCCGCCGGUAGCCGCUGCUGCGCCAACCGUUAACCAUGGCUACGAUCAUGCCAGCGAUAAUGCUGUGGAGGCGCUUACCAUGAAGGAAACGCCUAAUGCGGAGGCAAUUCUGGAUCUCAACGUGGACUUCUUUCAGUUUAAUCCGAACUAGGGGUGGUUUUAUCUCUGGAAGGAUAGUAGAAGACUUUAUUUUAAGUAAGAAGAGGAUUAUAAUGUGUACAUAUAAUGGAUAAUUGAUCUUCGCAGAUCACAAAUAUGAAUUAUUUUUAAACAUACGUAUUAUGUAUAUAUUAUUAUGUAUAUAUAUAUUUUUUUAGCUAUUAUAACUAUAGUAAGAUAAGUGGGAGUGGGCAUGAAUGACAGACCUUGAAUGAAUAUACGGCUUUAAAUGCCUUUAGUAGAAUGAGAUUAUCCAUGAAAAAAAAAACCAUUAAACCUGAAUUUUGCAAA